CUCGUCUUCAGUGGCUCGGCUCCUCGAACCUCUUCCUCUUUCUCAAGCACGUGAAUAUGGCUCCGCCGGCGAAGGAAAAUGAUGCUCAGCGGCUGCCUGAGGCUUCGAAUGGGCAGGACCCCGAAAAGCCCUAUCUGGCGGUGGCCGAUCGCUCGAAACCACCGCAAGAAGCCCCCGAUGGGGGGCUGACGGCGUGGCUAGUAGUCCUGGGGUCGUGGUGUGUGCUGUUCUGCAGCUUUGGGUGGAUCAACAGCAUUGGAACAUUCCAGGAGUACUAUGAAACAGACUUACUGCGGGAGUACUCAGCCAGUACGAUUGCCUGGAUCCCCUCGCUACAGAUCUUCUUCAUGUACGCCAUGAGCGCGGUGGUCGGACUCCUGUAUGAUCACUUUGGGCCGCACUGGCUUCUCCUCGUCGGAAGCUUUCUCCAUGUCUUCGGUUUAAUGAUGGCCUCCAUCUCCACCGAGUAUUAUCAGAUCCUUUUGUCUCAAGGGGUCUGCAGUGCCAUCGGCGUGUCGAUCAUCUUCCAGCCCGCUAUCAGCGUCAUCCCCGGCUGGUUCCAUCGCAAGCGCGGCGCCGCGUUCGGCAUUACCACCAGCGGCUCCAGCAUCGGCGGCGUGAUCCUCCCCAUCAUGAUGGAGAAGUUAAUCACCAGGGCCGGCUUCGGCUGGGCCAUGCGCAGUGGCGCCUUUUUGAUCCUCGGUCUCUUGAUCAUCGGCAACCUCACCAUCCGAUCUCGUCAACCUCCCCGGCCCAAGUCCCUCUCGCGCGACGCCCUCCUCCAACCGUUUCACGAACCGAAGAUGAUGCUCGUCAUCGUCGGCUUUGUGCUCCUCACCUUUGGCGUCUUCAUCCCAAUGGAUUACUUAGUCGUCGAAUCCCUCAGCAACGGGAUGCAUCCCUCGCUCGCCCAGUACAUGCUCCCCAUUCUCAACGCCGGCAGCCUUUUCGGCCGUCUCAGUGCCGGCCUCUUUGCCGACCGCUUUGGCCCUUACAACAUCUUCAUCCUUGUCUGCUACCUCGCCGGCAUCCUGAUCCUCGCUCUCUGGAUCCCCGCCACCAGUACCGCCGCCAACAUCGUCUUCGCCAUCUUAUUCGGCUUCUCCUCCGGCGCCUACGUCGCCCUGGCCGCCGCCCUCGUCGUCAAAAUCUCCCCUUUCCCCCAGAUCGGGUACCGCAUCGGUCUCGUCUUCUUCUUCGCCUCCUUUAGCGGCUUGACCACGAACCCCAUUGCCGGCGCCAUCCUCGCCCAGAAUCACGGCUCGUAUACAGGCAUGAAGGUGUUCGCCGGCGUGCUGUUGUUGGCCGGCACGUCUCUGAUCCUGGUCGCCAGGAUUAUGCAGACGGGCUGGACGGUGUUGGCGCGGUUUUGAGAUGGCGAGACGGCGUCUCGCGUGCUGCUCCCGGAUUUUCCUCUUCCUACUGGAUCUGUUUCUUCACUUCUUCUGUUUCCCACUUGGGACACGCCAUGUCUCUGGGGUCUUCGUCUUACCUUUUCUUACGGCAUGGACGUUUCUUGCAGGAUCGCCAUUCUACAUUUUCACCUCUUGGCACUGGCAUGUGAAUAGAAUAAUAGUCAU